AUUUGACUAUUCUCAAAUUGUCCAUGCAAUUAAUGAGCGAGGUUUUUAUAUAUUUGAACCCUAGAGAAACAUCAAACAUGAACCUGCAGCAGAAAUGAAAGCAUGCAUAGUAUUCAUUGCUAUUCUCUUAGCUCUGCUUCUGAUCAUCCAAACAAUCACAGAAGCUAAACACCUGCAAAAUGAGGAAGAAGAUAAUGUAGCAGAAGAAAAAAGAAGCAGGAGAAGCAGAAGCAGAAGCAGAAGCACAGGAAGAGGCAGCAAUGGUGGAUCAAGGUCAAGAACAAGAUCAAACUGUGAUCCAUUAUUCCAGUACCUAUUUGGAACCUGUGGCCAAUGGCCUUUCCCUACCAACCCUUCCCCAAACAACCCUUUUGCCCCAACACCAAGACCCUCUCCUCGGCCGCCGCGAGUUCCACCUACUCCUAUACGCCCCUUCCCACCCGUAAUCCCAUCCCCACCGCCAGUAGUACCAUCUCCACCACCUUUGCCGCCACCAAUUCCUCCACCCCCUUCAGCACCGCCACCAUCCUCACCUCCACCAUCAGCACCACCUCCAUCAUUGCCACCACCUUCUCCCUCACCGCCACCGCCUUCUCCACCUCCACCGCCUUUGGUUCCAUCGCCACCUCCGCCGUCUCCACCACCACCAGAAUUCCUGCCCCCACCAAUACCAAUCAUCUAUCCACCACCACCAGAUGAAGACAUACAACCACCCACACUUCCGUGGCUGUCACCCCCUGACACCUUCCCCGAUACACCACCAACCAUUCCAGCUCCACCACUAGUACCAGAUAUUGACCUUCCUCCACCCGCAUUACCAGACCUGCCACCAUCUGGUGAUCAGUCUAGCACUCCAGCAACACCACUGGUUCCAAUUUUCACUCCACCACUGCCUGAAGAUGAGCCUACUCCAACCUUACCACCCACAGUUGCAUUACCACCACCGAUACCUAUACCUGAUCAGCCUUCUCCAAUAUUUACAUUCCCACCACCAAUACCUGUUGAUCAGCCUUCUCCAAUAUUACUACCACCGCAAGAUCCAUUUCCGUUUAACACACCACCUAUCUUACCCUUUCCAACUACACCAGACACCGGUAAUAGUGGUGGUGGUGUGAUUGAUCAGCCACCCUCUUUUGAUCCACUACCACAAACACCAGUCUUUCUGCCACCUCCAAUUCCUGAAAUUCCCCAAAAUCCACAGCAACCACCAGUAGUACUUCCAUUUGAGUCUAGUCCGCCAGCACCAGAUAUAAGCUUUAAUGAGCCAUUGCAGCAGCCAUUGGAGCCCACACUGCCUUAAUUUUCUGCCUCCCCCUCAUAAGAUCUUUUUUUUUUCUUUUUUCUUUUUUUUUCUGGCUACCGGCAAUCUUGUAAGAGCUUGUCUCUUGUUGAUUUUCUCUCUUAUGGAGCAUCUAGUACUCAAAGAAAUAAUUGCUAUCUAUGUGAGUUGCAUUUUGUUCUGUAAUAUAUGAAUAUGUCUAUUAUAUUGAAUUGAUUAUGUGCUUGCA